AUGUCAAAAGAAUAUUGUGACGCCAUGCAAAACGCUACUGUUGUCCCAGAUGUCAGACAUCUUCAAAUACGUUGGCAAGAAGAACGUUUCAAGACAAAGAAAUGGGAAGGGGGCCCUGAAAGCCAAACUAACAUAGCCGAAGAAUACCACACACACCAGAAGGAAGUUUGCAAAGAUGACGAACUCCGCUGGGAUGACAGUUCAAGCUCGGGGAGCGAUAAUGAUUGCGACGAUAACGAAAACGACGUUACUGUCGAGGACAUCCCAACAGCAACAAUGCCCGUUCUUCUGGCAGAAUUUGAAGACUGGUUCCUGUCACCAGACGGAGGCAAACGUGAUGAAAAAACUGUAAAACAACACAGUUCUCAAUUGUAUUCUUUGUUGAAAGUUAUAGACGACGAAGAAGAUAUGCAAUCUCUGCUGGAUGUCAAGCUGGUCCGCCAAGUGUUCUUUGAAGAGCCACGUAGAGAAGAAAAGAUACGAAGCUGGGACCAUUAAAUCGUACCUGAUGAGUCUUCAUCAUUUUUAUACGUUUCUCGUAUUGGACAGGCCAGAAAAUUUUAAUUUUGACGUUGAAGAAGUAAAUGCUGCUAGAGAAAAAGUAAAGUUGUGGUCGGCGUCAUACAAGAGGGAAUCGAGCGAACGGAAAUGGCAAAAACUUGAAGAAGACAUGUUGAAUCGUCUAACUCCAGGAAAUAUUCGGAGUUUUGAGAAAAGUCAGACGGCGAGAGAAGCAGUCAAAAUAAUCGGAAAGCAUUCAGACAACUCACAAACAACGGUAGUGACGCAGCAGAGUUAUACCUUGGUGCGAGAUUUCCUCUUCACACAAAUUUUUAUAGACAAUGCUAAUCGUCCUGGCGUUCUUGCUGGCAUGACCAUUGACGAAUAUAAAAGAAUGACGAAGCAAGAUGAUAGCUACAUUAUAACGGUACUCAAACAUAAAACCUCACACGUUCAUGGCCCAGCUCGUCUAGUCUUGAGUUCAAAAUUAAAGUCUUGGCUCUCGGUAUUUGUUGAGGUGAUGCGACCACAAAUCGCAAGUGCAACGUGUGGAAACGUGUUCUUGACGUGGAGUGGAAAGGGAAUGAUAUCUGGGCAUAUAACAAAGGCUGUGCAGUCAGUUUUUAAAAAGAGUGGAAUCAAUGUCAAAGUCACAUCGACAUCGUUCCGGAAAGCUGCGGUGACGGCAGUUCAUUCUGGCAAACCUACAUUCAGCGGAAAACUAGCUCGUCAUAUGGCUCACAGUGAAACAACUGCUAAAAAAUAUUAUCUCCUGACAGAAAAAACAAAGGAAUCGGUGGAAACAUCAAAGGAACUUGGAGAGUUAAUGAGGUGUGAUGGUGAAGAGCAACAGGAUUCGGGUAAAAAGGGCGACAGUGAAACCAGGGACAAAGAGGACACUGCUGGCGAAACAGAGUGUGCAACAAAUCAGAAGGGCGAAUGGAACGACAGUGAUUUUGAGAAAGUCAGGACAAUAUUUGGAAAAGACAUCGCUGCGAAAACAAUAACAAUGGAACGUGUUCGCGAGGGUAUUGAAUCCAACGAAGAACUUUAUGGUAUGUCACCUCGACGGAUAUAUGACAAAAUUAGAAAAACGAUAAACAAAGAAUCGGCAUCUUUGCAAAAUAUUCCUGAGCUGCCCCAAACUUGUGAAUCGUUGGAGGAUAAGCUUCAACGCUUUGAAGAAUGUAGUGAGACUGUCGAUGAAGAAUUGUCCACAAGCAUAAUUCAACCCAGCGAAAGGAACAGUAAUUUUACUAACGAGGAGAUGAAUUCUCUUCAAAAGAUGUUUAAAGACAUGAUCACUGAAGACAAAAAGAUCUGUCGCAUCGAAAUCGAGAAGAGAUUGUCUACAAACAAAGAAGGAGAAAAUAUUUUGAAGAAACUAUCGGUUCAGAAAGUAGUGAAUCGCGUUAAGUAUGAAAGACGAAAACACAGGCAACAACCAAAAUAA